AUGAGUGAAGUUAUUCAAGCCAUCUUUAUACAAUCUUCCGAUACUCGUUCUACACCCAAGCCUCACACUGUGUACCAAGUUGAAGUGCAUGCCGCUGUUAGGACAUGGGUUGUUUGGAAGCGCUAUUCUGAAUUCGAGAAGCUGCAUAACCAAUUCCUCAAGAUCUUCCCAUCGCAUCCUCCACCCGUCAAUCUACCGAGCAAGCGCAUCUUUCCUUCUACAUUUUCCAGUCCAGAUAAGGUUGAAGAACGACGACGUGGAUUAGAAGCCUACUUGCGUGGUAUCCUAAGCAGCCGAGAUGAUCGUUGGAGACAAACGGAUAUAUGGAAGGAGUUCUUAGCUAUUCCAGUGGGACGUUCCUUGGAUGCAUCGACCAUGUACACAUCAGAGACUUGGCUUGAUGAAUAUAAUGAUAUGAACAACAUGGCUCGAGAGGUUCGAUCGCUUAUCAAUCGACGCAGCACGCAUAUUGCUCGCAAUGAAAUAUCCGCUUCCCACAAUUGUACGGUGCAAGCCAAAAAGCUAUUGUUGACAUUAUCAUCACGACUAUCGAAUUUGGAUGCCGGAUUAGGAGGACUUCAUUUGGCCGAUGGUGAAACGAGGAGACGUCAAGAUAUGCUCAACACCUUGCGUGAUGAAAAGGAUGCAUUACUCAAAUUGGUGAAUUCCGGUCGUCAGGAGCAAGAGUUACUCAAGCAACAAUCGCCUCGCCGUGCCAAUAGCGUGAGUGAGAAAUCAAUGACCAAUGGUGGUGGUGGCAAUAGUGCAGCACAGGAUUUUGGUUUCCCAGCAUCAAGCAAUGGAACACAACAACAACAACAACAACGAGGAUCAGCACGUCGAAAUAAUACGAUCGGUCCUGGUCGUGCAUUUGGUGCAGCAGCAGCUAAUCAGUUGGCUAAAGAAACAGAGGAGACUCGUGGAUUGGAUAAUGAAGGGUUGGUACAAUAUCAGCAACAAGUGAUGAAGGAUCAAGAUCUUCAAGUGGAACAAUUCAGUGCACUUUUGGCUCGUCAAAGACAACUUGGAUUGGCUAUUGGAGAUGAGCUGGAGACCCAGAACCAGAUCUUGGAUGAGUUGGAUGCUGAUGUAGAUCGUACAGGUCUCAAGCUUAAGUUCGCCAACAAGAAACUCGCUACCAUCAAAUAA